UUACCAAGCAAGCAGAAGCAGUAGUGACUAGUGAUCAUCACUAGCUAUACACUAGCAAAUCCCUAAUUUUCUGUCUACAAUAAUAAUGAACUUUAUCAAGUACGAAUCCAGCCAAUACCAGAUUACGACGACCAGCAAUCAGAGGCAGCAGGUUCAGUCUUACUGCUUCGGUCCAUCCGGUGGAUGGGGCAGACCACAGCCUAAUUUUAACGGCAUCGGGAAAAUCCCGACUCCGGUCAUCGUCGUUCCUUUCCCAAUAUGCCCUCCUGCACUACCACCACCAUCCCGGAAGCGGAGUCCCAAACCUCACCGCGGCCACCGCCGCAACGGCUCCUUCUCUUUCCUGGGGAUCGGAGUGGGGGUACGGCACGGUAGUUCUGGCGGUAUGGUUUAUGACAGAACGAAAAAGGAAGAAAACAAUAGAUUUCCCAAUGGCACGUUUAACCCUUCGGGUAUGACCUUUAGGACGAAUGGCGAGCCGUUCUGUAAUAAAAGCCUUGAUGCAGGCGAAACGGAGAACUUCCAAAGCCGCCGCGGCCUUCACGACGAGUACAGCGAGGACAGUGAUGACGACGACAGCGACGACGGAGACUACUCCGAUGGCUCCGACAGUACUGACAGCGACGAAGACGUGGGCUGGAGGAGGCCGAUGUAUUAGGAGCAGCAACCACAGAUAUAAGUCAACUAUGAACGAUCAUGCGGGCCGGCCAAGAAGCAAUAUCUCUGACGAUAUAAUAUAUAUAUAUAUAUAUAUAUAUUAUAAACGUGUGUGGAAAUAAUAAGAGCCAAAAUUCCAGGAUACAACGACGACUACGGUGUUUGUAUUAUAAACUUUAUUUACGGUGUGAAUGUUUAGUACUUUUAUUUUUCUCGCUUGAAGUGUAUGUUCAGUAGAUGGAAACAAAUGUAAUACGUAGGGUUCUGGCAUCCCCAUGACAUAUGGAAUUAUAAUAAAUAAAGUUAUUAAGAGACAUCUCUCAUGCUAAACUUUUUGUUUC